CCUCCAUAUUCAUCGCAACAUCAGUGCUUCGACCCCGCCUGCAAUUUGUCCAUGGGCGCCGGGCGGAUCUUGGUAUAUUGACUUGGCUGCUGUGCUGACGUCUCCCUUGGCAGGACUCGUAACAAAGAAAGGCUCUCGGGAUCCUUCGGGAGACCGCCCCAUAAGAACUUCAACAGAGCAAGCCCCGCCAAACUCGGAUGAGUGGCAUCAACGAACAAUGUAAUGUUCCCGCGUGGCAAACUGGUGGCAUUUCGAACUCCGCUACACUUGUUCUCAUUAAUAGCUGUUUUCGUGAGACUCUCGUUCCACCUUGCGCUACCUCUCUCUUCCUCUCUUCUGGGGUACCUCAUCCUAGUUGUGAAAAUUAUCAACGCUGGACACUCCGCUCGUUUAUUUACUUGCUGGCAGCUAGUGCUGGCUUGAUGGACUACUGAACGUUCUCUAAUUUCUACGAAACACGUUCAACCCCUCCUUACAGGACGCGCCAUGAAUUACUCAUAUCCCGGACCUCGUCACCCAUGGACUGAUCCUGUAGGGCGCCUCGAAGCCUUAUGUAUCCUUGAGAUUCAGCAACAGAUCGCUGGCCACUACAUGGAAGCUAGAGAAUACUGGAAUGAGAAUAGGAAGAAGUGUGGAGACGUUGCAGAAUUUCCUGAAGGCCCUGCCUAUGGUCCAAAUGAAGCGCAACGAAUCGUAGAAUCGUUCUACGUCGAUAUAGGUCUCCUUCCCCGUCAGCGAUUACGACGUCCACCUUUGGCCAAAGUUGUUGAAGAUCCUGUCAACGAGGGUCUCAUUGUAUCAAUAUCUACGCUCUCUUCUUCCUCCUCGCGCUCCUCAGCUUGGCGUAGAUAUUUCCCCAAAACCAAGUUGCCGAAAAAAAUAUGGUCACAGGUCUGUCGCCGGUCAGUAUCGAUGUCAAUGAUCAGGAAAUUGUCCAGUUCUUCACUGGUGUCAUUUUUCAUUGACAUCAGUCGAAAAUCCAGAGUGGAUCCUGAUACGGCCGCGACUUCUUCCGAGUCCCCCAACAGUUCCGACCAAAAUGUUCCCGAGAGGCCCAGACGUGGUCGCACUCUGAGUGCCCCUGACAGGAUGGUCACGAUAUUCCAGCCGUCCUCUGAACCUCUUCGUAGCAUCGACUCUGUGCUCGUAUCGCCUGCGUUUGUCUCCUCUGCUUCUUCCUCGAUAUCUCCCACCAAUGGAGCUCCACCAUCGCGACCCCGUCGGCGCAAUACCGUAAACGACGCAGAUACAGUUGUCGCUCGCGCUCGUCUCGCAGAAUACAAACCGACUCCGGCACGUCGGCGGGAGCUCAUGCCACCGACGACCAUCGAAGAAGUUCCUUUUCUCACGGAGGAACAAGAGGCUGCUCUGCGAGAUUGGAAAGAAACCAUUGCUCUGUGGGAUCGUCGUCGUCAGGCCAUCGCGAAGGCGGACGCAGAGCUGUAUUGGUACCACUUUCUUUGGCUGAUCGUCGUGUUAAACUGGUCGAUUGUAUCAUUCUCCGUUAUAUUUCUCUUCCAGCUCAUUUUCAGGCUUGGACGUCUUGCAUUCAGACUGUGACUGUCCUUGCUCCUCCACUAUUUCUCGUUGUCUUAUCCAAUUUAUUAUCAGAGCAUCUAUUUAGAUAUCAACAGGAUUACCUCGAACACAUCCAAGGUUUUCACCACUUCCCGCAAUAUUAACUCCUCGAUAGACUACUUGCUAUUCUCUCCUUUCAUUACAUUAUCCAACCAUACACAACACACAGUCUCUCGGUAUUGUAUCAGUAGCACUUUCUGUAUCCAAAUCCUCCGCAGGUAUCGUAGACACCAUAGAUUUUACCGACGAAAAUGAAAAUCAAAGUUGGCUACAGACC